AUGGAAGAAACGGAACAUAAAUUGCAAAUGCAGGAUGACAAAGGAAUCUCGACCUCCUGUGAUAGCAGUGAUUCAGAAGAAGAAGAAGAGAUCGAAAUAUCCAACGAGCAUUCGAAGAUCGACAUGAAAAGGUUGAUAAAUCUCUUCUCGUGUUCCCAUCGAGACAUCAUCGCUGAAUUCGCCAACGUAGAGACUUUUCUCGUUUCGCUCGACUCGCUCAUCAUCGAGUGCACAGCACACAGCUAUUACAAGUCGACAUUCUUCGGGCAAACAACCGUUUUAAAUGCGCAGAUCGCGCGUUUCCUGGAGCAGUUCCGUCGAAUAAGCGAAAAUGUGAAAUUGGUGAUCUUUUCAAAGUUGUCUCUUCUUUUCAAAAGAGAUCCUGAUCUCGAUUUCCUUCGAACUGUCGCUAUUGCUCAUUUGAGACAAGGACCUUAUAAGAAUGAUAUCGAGACCUUUUCCUCGCCUCUUGAUCCUCGAUGGUCUGAGUUUCUACAAAAAACAACACCAUCCUUGUUUAUGAUCUCCACGGACUCUCCUCUCAAUAAAACAAAUUUCACUCCCCAACUGCAGACAAUCAUGCUAGAUGCGCUCACAAAUCGUGCGUUGCCAGUGGUUCCGCUCUCUCGACUUGUCAUCAACUUCACAAAAGUUAACGCGUUUUACAUCGAACCAAUGGUGGUUAAAUGGCCGGGUCAAGAGCGCUUUUUCGAGUUAUUUUGGAAAAUGAAAGAAGAUGAAGAUGAAGAGGAAUCGAGGAAAGGAAAAGAACCAUCCGUCAUUCCCGCAUUCUCUUUAUCUUUUGAGAUCUGGCUUCAAUGCGUUCAAGAAACGAGUGAACGGUUGACUGGAGAAAAGCGAAACCUUGCCUCAACGAUUUCUUUGAUGGUCGAAUGGUGUGCAUGUUCUUCGAAACAAUCAAAAAUGGCACCGAGACUUCUCACGACAAGGCAAGCAAAAAGCGCACCACUGGAUUUGCCUUGGAUGUAUCAGCUAGACUCCAAACUUUUACGAGAGUUCGUACCCGAAAGCCAGAUGAUGACCUCAAAAAAUCAACUACAACAUCAGACAAACAUAGAGAAAGAACUAAAGGAGACUCGAAAAUGGCAAUUCAAACAAAUCGAAGAGGAUUUCGAGAAAGCGCCCGAGAAAAUCACAAACAAAUGGCAGUUGAAACGAAUCAAUCGAAGCCGACAAAAACUUUCUCAAUGGCAUGAGUCUUUUGCAAACUCGCUUGAAGGCCGAGUAACUAAUUUGUUGGUGGAUUUCUCUCGAACUCCCGCUUUUGCGGGUAAAGAAUCCAACCCUAACACAGAAAGCCAACCAUUGAAAGCGAAAGGGUGGCCCGGGCAAAAAGCUGGAGGAGGUGGAAAAAAGAAUAAGUCGAAAGAAAAACCUGAACAAAUUCGAGAGAAAAAUGCAAAAGAAAAGGAGAAAAAGCUACUCGAUGAUGAAAGAAUUCGAAUCGAGCACUAUGCUGAAGGACAAAAUGCGAUCGCUGCUCUCGAGAAAGCCCUUUCCGAGCUUCGAACCCAAGAGAUGAAAGCUUUAUGCAACUACAAAAUCGUGAAACAGGCGGCAAAAGAACUUCUCGCAAACACAGAAGCAACUCGACGAAGAAAAGCGAUCACAAUCGUCUCCCAUCUGAAAUACGCCUUCAACGAGCAUUGGGAACAAAUGAAUGAAAAGCAACAAACUGAGAUGGUAAACAUUUGGGUGUCGCUUGGCUUCGAUCCACCUAAAGGAAAAAUAGUCACAGAGGAGGCGGGGACAAAAAAAUUGGAUUUGGGAAUGAACAUGAUUUACUAUCAACUCGAGUACGCGGGCGAAUUGAUUGACAUCCAAUCGGAUCCGCAGAAGGAUGAUCGCGUGACUGGCUUUUAUCCGGAUGCCUGGCAAAGGAAAAUGCUCGACAUUGUCGACAAGAACGAAUCAGCGCUCAUCGUCGCGCCGACAUCAGCUGGAAAGACUUUUGUGUCCUAUUAUUGUAUCGAGAAAAUGCUUCGCGCUUCCGAUGAUGACGUCGUCAUUUAUAUUUCCCCAUCAAAACCGCUUUUAAAUCAGGUAUGCGGCUCUCUGUACGCUCGGUUUCGUAACAAAACGAUGAAACCAGGAAAAGCUCUUUUUGGGACGCUAACUUCAGAGUAUGGGACGGAUGUCCUCAAUUGUCAGGUGUUGGUCACUGUACCAGAACGUCUGGAAGCUAUACUCCUAUCAACGAAUCCGGACGUUCAGCAGUUUGCCGCCAAAAUCAAAUACGUGAUUUUCGACGAAGUUCACUCGAUCGGUGCCUCGCACGAGGCUCCAAUCUGGGAACACCUUCUUCUUCUCAUCCAAUGCCCAUUUCUUGCUCUUUCGGCUACAAUCGGAAACGUGAAUUUAUUGCAUAAAUGGUUGCAAUCGAAAACAAAAGCUCAAGCAAAUGUGCAUUUGAUCGAAUACGACGAACGGUACUCCGAACUUGAGGUUGCCAUAAAAAAGAUCAGGAAACCGGAAAGUGGAAAGCUUAAACUAGAAGCGUAUCAAAAAGGAAACGAGAGCUCGAUUCUACCAAUGAUGCCAUACGCGAUGUUUAUGCUCGACAAGAUUCGCCGCUUUGGGAUCCCGGAGGAUAGUCAGUUGACUGCUCGGCAAAUCAUCGAUUUUUACCAUUUUGCUGCCCAAGUUGACGCAAAAACAAAAGACGAGCUCGAACCGUGCAAAUUUUUUGGGUAUUCUCCCGGAAAACUUGUAUGGAUUUCGAGAAGUGAAUUGCGGCGUUUUGAGAACGAACUCAAGAAGAGAUUCAUUGACUGGCUUGAGCACGAUGAAGAAAAAGUGAUCUCGAUUCUGGAGAGAUUUCGACACCCAAUCAGAGAACAGCUGAAUGCUCGUUCUUUCCCUUUUUUUCAGCGAAAAGUCGUCCUCGAAACAAUCGUAUCGUUGGUUGAAGAGUUGCAAGAUGAGGAAAUGUUACCAGCUAUCUGUUUCAACGAGGAUCGUUUCAUUUGUGAGGAUCUUGCUAAAAUCCUAUGUGAUGUGCUUGAAGCUCGACAAGACGACUUUGAGAAAAGUGACGAGUACAAGGCUAAGUACCAAAUUAAAGAUGAAGAGAAACUUUCAAAGCUAGCCAAACGAAAACGAGACGACAAUGCAAAGAAAAGAAAAAAGAAUGACGAGAUAAAAGAAGAUCAACGAGAAGAAAUUGAUCCCCUUGCGGCACAAAAAUCCAAAUUAGACGCGAUGUUGUCCAGAUUUCGCCUUCGUGCUCGUCCAAACGCCGACAAAGACAUCUAUGAUAAAGUGAUCGAGAGAAUGCUACAACGUGGGCAAGACAGACCAACAACACAGAUUUUGUUGAGACUAUUUGAAAGAGGAAUUGGCUAUCAUCACGCUGGACUCUCGGCUGUUGAAAGAGGAGGUGUCGAGGUGCUUUUUCGAAGUGGACACCUAGCGAUCAUCUUCUCCACAAGCACACUAGCACUUGGAAUUAAUAUGCCUUGCAAGACGGUGAUUUUCGGGAUGGACAAUCCGUUGAUGACCCCGCUGCUCUAUAGACAAAUGAGUGGACGGGCCGGAAGGAGAGGCUUCGAUCACUCGGGAACUGUUAUUUUUGUUGCAUACUCAACUGGAAAAAUUUGUCGAUUGCUCACGGCCUCGUUGACAAAGAUAUCGGGAAAUCCUCCGUUUACUUGCACAUAUUUGUUGCGCCUUCUCGCGUUCGCUCAACAAGAUACGGGAAAAGCCAAGAUUGUGCUCUCUCUGUUGCGCAAUCCUCUUGCUUUGUACACCGGAGACAUGAAAAAGGAAACUCUCCAACAACAACUCCGCAUGUACACCUUUUUCGGCGUUCAGCUUCUCCGACAUCUACAAUUGAUUGAUGAUCAAGGAAAUGCUUGUGGCCUUUUCCAACUUGCCUCUCUUCUUCAUGAGUUCGAGCCCGGGAAUCUUUUCUUUAUUCACUUGCUACAAAACGGCAUCUUUCAUACACUUUGUGAAACGUUGAAAGGCGAUGAGCUAAAAGAUGAGCUUAUUGUGGUUUUGGCUAAUCUUUUCACCAGAACCUACCUGCCAAUAUCAUUUGAUAUCAAAGAAUCGGAAUGUAAAACGAUGUCAAAAAAUGAACUCUCUCAAAUCGCUCUCGUCUCCUUAUCAGAACCCGUUCAAAAAGAAAUUGAUCAACUAAACACAAAGGCACACGAGCUUUACAAACGUUUAUUGUCAAUGGUGAACCCAGAGAAAACCCUCUUGGAUGAGCCCUUUUUGCUGACGGGAAAUGAAAAAAAUGAAAAAGAAAACGCUUUUUGUCCGGAGUCCCUCGUCUCUCCAUAUUUCUCUGGCUUCCUUCGCGAUGAAUCGUUCUUGCCAACUCUCGACUUGACUCCGAAAGAUCAUCGAGGCAAACGGUAUUACUUAAAUGCUUAUGCAAUCGAUUUCUGGAGACAUGGCUCUCGAAAAGCUUUGAUCCGAGAAAACGGACUCCACCCAAACCAUGUCUGGUAUCGACUCAAUGCUUUCAAGAGCGUUCUCGAGAAAAUCGCUUUCGGCCUUGAGUCACUCGCCGGCUGUUGUGACCCAUUUGUUGAAGUGAUGAAAUCCAUCUCCGAUGACUAUGAUAUAAAGUUUCGAGUCGCUUUCGACAUGCGACUGAAAAGCUCUUAC